UAUGUGUUGCGUCUUUAUUUGAAUUGUAAUCGAAUUUUGGUAUAUUAAAAAAAAAAAAAAAAAGAAGUCGAUAAUGUCAUACAACAAAUGACAAAAGAUAAUAUAGGCACAAGUCAUAGGAUUGUGACUCGUAAGCAGUGGCUAGAAGGGAAGGGGGAGAAGGCUUGAGAGAAAUCGUAUUGAUAUUUUUGUUUUCGCAUGGCUCAACUCCAUAGCUCUUGGAUAUCCACUGCAUUCUCUGCAGAAACAGGAGGUGCCGCAUGAAUCUUGGAUGAGUUGUCCUCUUAUAAGCUUCUGAAGUUUAAGGGUUCAGAAAUUCUAUAGCUGAAACCAUGUCUGCUGCUUCCUUGUUCUCCACCCCACCAAUACACUCCCCAAGCAAAUCCAGCAAAAGCAGCGUUUCACCCUCACCGGAAAGACUUAAAUUCCUCAUUGAUAAAUCCAAAACCAUCAAACAGCUCCUGCAAAUACAUGCGUUUCUUAUCCGCCAUGGCAUUGACUGUGACCCCAUACUGAAUUUCAGGCUUCAGAGGUCCUACUCGUCUCUCGGCCAUCUCAAGCAUUCUGUCACGCUUUUCAGAUCAACCCCAAGUCCAAGUGUCUUUACCUACACUUCCAUUAUCCAUAGCCACACCAUCAACAAUCUCCACGAGCGAGCUUUUCUUUUGUAUGUUGAAAUGCUAACCCAAGACAUUGAGCCCAACCAGUUUACAUUCUCUGCCAUCCUCAAAGCGUGCCCAUUGAAAUCUGGAGAAGCUAUCCAUGGACAAGCCCUCAAGUUUCAGUGUGACUCGGAUACUUAUGUUAGGACCUCUCUUGUUGAUGUCUAUGCAAGAGGUGGUGAUCUUGUCUCGGCCCGCAAGCUGUUUGAUACGAUGCCUGAAAGGAGUUUGGUUUCUUUGACGACAAUGAUUGCUGGGUAUGCAAAGAAUGGGGAUGUGGACAAGGCAAGGGAGUUAUUUGAUAGGAUGGAAGAGAGGGAUGUUGUAUGUUGGAAUGCUAUGAUUGAUGGCUAUACUCAAUAUGGGAGGCCAAACGAGGCAUUGGCUCUCUUUAGACACAUGUUAUUAUCUAAUGUAAGACCUAACGAAGUCACUGUGCUUGCAGUUCUUUCUGCUUGUGGUCAAUCGGGAGCACUGGAAUCUGGCCAGUGGGUUCAUACUUAUGUGAAAAAUAAUGGGAUUCCAGUUAAUUUACGUGUAGGCACAGCACUGAUUGACAUGUAUAGCAAGUGUGGAAGUUUGGAGGAUGCAAGGAUGGUGUUUAAUCAUAUGAAUGUUAAGGAUGUUGUUGCGUGGAACUCGAUGAUUGUAGGGUAUGCCAUGCACGGAUUUAGCCAAGAAGCUUUGCAGUUGUUCCGUGAGUUCUGCAGAUUGAAACUCCAACCAUCUGAUAUAACCUUUAUUGGCAUCUUAAAUGCUUGUGCCAAUGCAGGAUUGGUUAAUGAAGGAUGGGGUUAUUUCCAUUCAAUGAAGGAGUAUGGAAUUGAACCAAAGAUUGAGCAUUAUGGCUGCAUGGUAAAUCUUCUUGGCCGAGCUGGACAUUUACAAGAGGCAUACGAGUUUAUUAGAAGUAUGAAGAUAGACCCUGAUCCGGUUUUAUGGGGAACAUUACUUGGUGCCUGUAGGAUUCAUAGAGACAUCAAGCUGGGAGAGAAAAUUGUGGAAUUCCUUGUAGAAUGCAAUCUCGCAAAUUCUGGAACAUAUGUUCUGCUCUCCAACAUAUACGCUGCAGCUGGAGAUUGGGAUGGGGCUGCAAAGGUGAGGGCAAUGAUGAAGAAAAGCGGGGUCGAGAAGGAGCCAGGUUGCAGCUCAAUUGAGGUGAAUAACAAGGUACAUGAGUUCCUUGCCGGCGACAUGAAACACCCUAAGACCAAAGAGAUUUACUCUAUGCUCGAGGAAAUCAACAGGUGGCUCGAGACUCAUGGUUACACUCCACAAACCGACAUUGUAUUGCAUGACAUCGGGGAGUCAGAGAAGCAGAAAUCCCUGGCUGUUCACAGUGAAAAACUUGCCAUUGCGUUUGGACUGAUAAGCACUCAGCCCGGAACUACAAUCAAGAUUGUCAAAAACCUUCGGGUGUGCCAAGACUGUCAUGCCGUGUCCAAACUUAUCUCCAAGAUCACAGGCAGGAAACUCAUUGUUAGAGACCGGAAUCGCUUCCACCAUUUCGAGAAUGGUUCGUGUUCUUGCGGUGAUUACUGGUAAUUUUUAUUUAUUGAGCGUAAAAUAUAUAGUCUCACUAUCUGCUUAAACGCAAACGCAAUCUUCAAUUCUAUCUUCAGAAGCUUCUUUGCUAAUAAUUUGUAUAGUUGCUAUCAUGUUAUUAUUACUAGCCAGCCAUGACUCAGGAGAGAUACCCUUUGGUUAAAUAUGUAGAAUGAAAAUGUAGACAUUUUUAAAAAAAAUAAUUUAUUAAAAAUUAUUCACAUA